CCGCGGCGUGGGUACCAUGGCAACGAAGAGAGCCUGCAGCUCGGGUUCCGGAAGCCUGAGAGAACUGGUGAUUUGAAGCUACCUGGGUCAAAGGAUGCUGAGUCCCGAGCGUCUAGCCCUACCGGACUAUGAGUAUCUGGCUCAGCGACAUGUCCUCACGUACAUGGAGGAUGCAGUAUGCCAGCUGCUAGAAAACAGGGAGGAUAUUAGCCAAUAUGGUAUUGCCAGGUUCUUCACUGAAUAUUUUAACAGUGUAUGCCAGGGAACUCACAUUCUCUUUCGGGAAUUCAGCUUCAUCCAAGCCACCCCCCACAAUAGAGCAUCGUUUUUACGGGCCUUCUGGAGGUGCUUCCGAACUGUAGGCAAAAAUGGUGAUCUGCUGACCAUGAAAGAAUAUCACUGUUUGCUGCAAUUACUGUGCCCCGAUUUCCCACUGGAGCUUACUCAGAAAGCAGCCAGGAUUGUGCUCAUGGAUGACGCCAUGGACUGCUUGAUGUCUUUUUCAGAUUUCCUUUUUGCCUUCCAGAUCCAGUUUUACUACUCAGAAUUCCUGGACAGUGUGGCCACCAUCUAUCAGGACCUAUUAUCAGGCAAGAACCCCAAUACAGUAAUUGUGCCAACAUCAUCCAGUGGGCAACAUCGCCAGCGACCUGCCCUGGGCGAGGCCAGCAUGGAGGGAGUGGAGGCGUCACUCUUCUACCAGUGCCUGGAAAACCUGUGUGACCGGCACAAGUACAGCUGCCCACCCCCAGCACUUGUCAAAGAAAUCCUAAGCAACGUUCAGAGACUGACCUUCUAUGGAUUCCUUGUGGCUCUCUCAAAGCAUCAUGGGAUCAACCAAGCCCUAGGAGCUUUGCCUGACAAAGGGGAUCUGAUGCACGACCCAGCCAUGGACGAAGAGCUGGAACGGCUGCUGGUCCAGGUCCCAGGUCUGGUCAACUCGGUCACUGCCAGUCCAGAGGCCAGCUGCCUGCCUUCCCGGACCCCUCCUCGGGUUGGAUCCCCCUGGAGACCCCUCCAUCACUCCCGAAAAGUUGACGCAGAGAGCGAUGGCUCCACUGAAGAGACAGAUGAGUCCGAGACUUGAGGAGUCUGAGGUUCCUGCCUACAGCACCCUUACCCUGCCCCAUGCCAGUCCUUGGUGCUCCCACCCAGCCUCCUCUCCAGCACCCUACCAUGCUGCCCUCUGCUGGCAAAAAGGCUGAGUAACAGCCCCAGCCCAAAGACCUGCCAGAGAGGUGCUGAUCUGCCAAGCCAGUGACACUAGAAAGUUAACAGCAUGCUUUCCUGGGCCCUGUCAACCUUGGG